AUGCUGAUUGAAGGGGACCGUCGAGAUGAAGUAGGGCUCGAUCGGCAGAUGCACGUAAACAGGUGCGGUUGGGCUGGAUUAGUGAGUAUAGCUCGCGUCAUCAUUGGCAAGGCCGUCAUUCAGGAAAUUCUGAGCAAGAAUUUGGUCGAGCAGUGCAAAUCCUCGCUCACCAACUUCAGUACUUAUAUCGCUCUUGAUACAAUUGACUCGGCUGCUUUCGUCAAGGCUAUGAAGUUGAAGGCAAUCAAAAUCGGUACCUGUGGUGUUAAUACGGUACGCCUUCGGCCCAUGCUCAUCUUUGAAGAGCAUCAU